UAACAAACAACGAGUAGCUCUUUCUUAGCUGGGCGGUCAUGGUAGCCCGGGACAGCUCAAAGAGCCCGGAAGUGGCAUUGCCACGUAUAGCUGCGCUCUUUCUUGUAGUCUUCGACCGCAAGGUAGGGUACACGAUAGCAUGGAAACGCGAAAUCACCGGCCUCAAGCUUGACGGCGUCGUCGAGUACAAGUCGCUUCCCUCUGGCCUUCACAACUGCGACGAGGAUCUUGUCUACUUUGUGCACGAACAGUAUGCCGGCAUCAGCGCCUUCGCAAACCGGCCUGCCGACGAGUCUGAGAGAAAUGCACAUUUCGCUGCAGUCGGUGUCCUCGUAAAACCGUCCGGGCGCCUUGGCCGUAGCUGGUUACAUGCCCAGCGACUCCGCCAUCUGGUCGACAACAUCGUUGAUGACACAAAUAACACCGACGUCUUGCAAGAGUAUUGGGAACAGAACCGAAUAGCCGUCGAAGAUGAACGAGACGUCGGAGAUGGCGAACCAUCGACAGACCACCAUCCAUCGAACCAGCGCAAACAACGUGCACUGUCUGAUGCUGCAGGUCUACAUUCCCGAAAUCCAACCCUGUCUCAUCACCACCCAGCCAUGUCCUUAGCACAACACCUUGACACAUUUGGACCUCUUAUAUUCCCGUUGCAAAGAGCCGCGCUCCUCAAGAAGAGGAUAUUGGUCAUGUCUCCUGCACCUGUCCACACAGCUUGCAAUCUUGUCUACAACCUAUCUGUUCUGUCAAACAUCCCGCCUUCGGUAGCCGACACGUUACAAGACAGGGGUGCCUUGUACCCUCUCAGGCCCCUUUUCAACAUUGGCAUCCAUGAUAUCGACUAUCUGUCACAACUGGCCAGCGACGCCAAGCCACAGAAUUCAUGGAUUGCAUGUACCACAGACGACAUACUGGAGACCAAGUCAAAGCUAUACGAUGUUCUCGUGGAGCUACCAUCGCGGGAUGCUGUCGUGACUGGAGUCAAGCAGUGGCCUCACAUUCGUACCUCCACUGGCGAAGACAUCAAGGCAACCCAGCGUGACCUGAGACGCUACUACGCACUCAAGCGGGAGCUCAACAGAGUGCAGCAUGCACGUCGAGCCCUUCAGAACGAACGAGAAGACGAAGAAGCCAUCGAAGACGAUGACACUGAGAAUGAAAACGCGCCAUUGGUUCCAUCGAGACCGGAUCAAAGGAGUGACCAGGAUCAGUAUGUUCAGCUCGAAGGAGAAGCAAAGCUGGCAGAGCCAUCUUCAUGGGCAUCCAUUGCCUACACAAGUUUUCUCUGGUGGGCCUCUGCUGGAGAGAAAGAUGCCCUACUUGACGACGAAGCAUGUCAAGAUGCAAGAUUGCUGGACGAUCUGCCUCUCCCUGCUCCAAGCAGGCAAAGCUUGCGAAGCGGCAGGAAGCGGUCUUUUGGCCAAGAGGACUCGGACGGCGAUGAUGAGAGACUGCAGUCUGUGGCAGUGACUCUUGUUGCAUAUGCACAUCGCCUCACUACAUUGGUUAUAAGCACGUUGGCGGAUAUUGUACAAGUCGCAGAGGCUGAGAGGCGCGACGGGGACGAGAGCACAAUCACCAUCCACAGUGAAGAUCUGAGAAGGAUGGGAUUGGAUGAAUGGAGUCAAAGUGACGGAGAAUUUGUCAAGGCAAUGGCAGCUCUAUACUUUGGUCGUGAUGGCGUUGAGACGGUCGGGCGGACGGUCGAUCUAUGCGGCUUGAAAAUAUGCUGAAGAGGCUUGCGAGGUGGGCUCGGCAAUCUCGAU